AUCAACAUUGUAGUGUCAAAAACAUCAUCUGCCCUCUCUCCCAUCUUUCAAUUCCACUCUACUGCUGUCAUGAAUUUCUUCACUGCUGACUCCCUGUUCUGUGUGCACCCUACCCUCACCCUCCAUCACCAUGCACUAAUCAAUACCACCAGCCUUCACAGCUGCACCCUCACCCCCAGCCACAUGCUAGCCCUCUUCAAAUACAAAUUGCAAGGGUUCCAUUUCAUACAUGCAAAGAAACCCUCCAUGCACCCUUUGUUUGCAGAAGUUGAGUAA